AUGGCAAAUACUAAUAGAGUAUCGAACGACCAGCUCGAAGAACUCUUAGAGUUCCUUAGCGAGCAUCCUACCUUGGCCAAGGGAGUUGGGCUUGGAGCAAGAUCCAAGGAAGCUGUCGACAAGCAAUGGGACAGUCUUGCUACAAAGCUCAAUUCCCAUGGUUCUGGGUCGUCGAAAUCUGGACAGCGGUGGAAAAAGUACUGGGCUGAUAUUAAGCAUAAGAGCAAGGCUAGGCUAGCUAAAUGGAGAAGGGAUGCUUUGGGUACUGGUGGUGGUCCUUGUAGCCAAGAUGACCUCUCCGAGGUAGACAAGAAAAUCUUGUCUAUCAUCGGGGAGCAAGCUGUGUUUGGUGAUACUGAGCACCGAAUUCCAUUUAUCACUGAACAGUUAACACCAGAACCAUCAACAUCAUAUGAAUUACCAAAUAAUAAAGCAGAUGAUGUGCAUAUUAUGGUGUUAACAGAGCCCCUUACUGUGGCCUCACCUUCCACAAGAGGUCAAACAUCCAACCUAUGCACUUCCCAAAUUCCAGAAACUGGUUCUGUAUCAGUAAAAAUGGACAUAAACACAGAACCACCACUGACUGGAUUAGAUAGUCCAGUGGCGCGACCACGUAUCUAUCGCCCACGAAGACUUAAUAGCCCGUAUAAAUCUAAAACUACAGUUCAAUCUAAAAUUGACCCAGAAUGGGUAAAGGGACUAGAGAAUCGCAGAGUUGAUGCAGAGACCAAGCUUGCAGAGGCUGCUCUUAUUAUGGCAGAGUCUACACGAACACAAGCCGAAGCAGCUAAGGUGCAAGCAGAUACGAUGCGAUCUCUUGUUGAACUAGUACGUGUGCAACAAGAAAAUAUCCAUGCUCUGAUAGAGCUGAUCAGAGAGAAGCAGGAAAUAAAUAAA